UGAAUAAGAAAGAAAAGGAAAAAAGUGGGGGUGGGUUCUGUACUGUCUAGGGCUGUCCCCCCCACCCAACACACAGUGUUUGUUUCUCUCUCCAAAGUCCAAAAGGCACUAAUACUAUUACUAUCUAUCCAUCACACAUUGGCUUUUGUUGUUUGUGAGCUUCCUAUGCAUUUGUCCAUGUCUGCUGCUCCCUCUUCUCACUACCUGCAAAUGAGGGGAGGAGGGGUUAGACAAUCAUACUUUAAAUCCCUUGUUAUCAUUUGAAUCCUCUUCUUUUUUCUCUAUCACUCUGUUUCUGUUCUGUUCUGUUGUGUUCUGUUUACAGUCCCAUUCCUCUGCUCCUCCCCUGUUUUGUGGUGCCCCUCCAAAAACAUGAAUUCCCCCUUUUCUUUUUUCAUGAUUUGACCUCAUUUCCCAUUCCCAUUUUCACUACACUUCCCUCUUUCUGGGUUUCCCCUUUUUAAAAUCCACUUGAUUACUUCCCUUCUUUAUCUUCUUUUUUUCCUUUUUAUAUUCUUCUUGCUUUAGUUACAUACUUACUUUCACUUUGAAGCCUCACCGAGAAAAACACCAAAAAAAAAAAAACUUUUUUGUGUUCAUGGAAAUUGAUCUGAACCAUGCAGUGACUGAGGUUGAAAAGAAUGCAACUUGCAAUGGUGGCUGUCACAAAGAACAAGCAACUGCUUCUUGUGUGUGCUGUGUGCCAUCAUCAUCAUCAUCAUCAUCGUCCACUGCUGUGUCUUCUUCUUCGUAUCUGGAGCUAUGGCAUGCUUGUGCUGGCCCUCUUACUUCUCUCCCAAAGAAGGGGAAUGUGGUUGUCUACUUCCCACAAGGGCACUUAGAGCAAGCUGCAUCUUUCUCUCCCUUCACACCAUUGGAGAUUCCAACACAUGAUCUUCAACCACAGAUCUUCUGUAGAGUUGUCAAUGUCCAACUACUUGCCAAUAAGGAGAAUGAUGAGGUUUACACACAGGUCACUUUGCUUCCCCAGGCUGAGUUGGCAGGGAUGGGGAAAGAGCUUCUUGAGGAAUUGGGAGCUGAUGAAGAAGGAAAUGGAAGAACACCUACAAAAACAACACCUCACAUGUUCUGCAAGACACUCACAGCCUCUGAUACAAGCACUCAUGGUGGUUUCUCUGUUCCUCGUAGAGCUGCUGAAGAUUGUUUUCCUCCUUUGGAUUAUAAGCAGCAGAGACCCUCUCAAGAGCUUAUUGCAAAAGACCUGCAUGGUGUGGAGUGGAAAUUUCGCCAUAUUUACAGAGGUCAGCCGAGGCGGCAUCUACUCACUACCGGAUGGAGUAUUUUCGUUAGCCAAAAGAAUCUUGUGUCCGGUGAUGCUGUGCUUUUCCUAAGGGGUGAAAAUGGAGAAUUGAGAUUGGGAAUCAGAAGAGCUGUUCGACCAAGAAAUGGUCUUCCUGAGUCUAUUGUUGGUAACCAGAGUUGUUAUCCCAAUUUCCUUUCUUCUGUGGCUAAUGCUAUAUCAGCAAAAAGCAUGUUUCAUGUUUUCUACAGUCCAAGGGCAAGUCAUGCAGAUUUUGUUGUAUCCUAUCAAAAGUACGCCAAAAGCAUCAAGAAUCCGGUGACCAUUGGCACAAGAUUCAAAAUGAAAUUUGAGAUGGAUGAAUCACCUGAAAGAAGGUCAACAGUGGCAAUAGCUAUGAAUAUUUUAGAUGCAUAUCUCUCACGAAAAUUUAUAUCCUGUGAGGAACAUGAAUCAAUCUUCUUACCUUGCAGGUGUACUAGUGGGAUAGUGACUGGAAUGAGUGAUUUGGAUCCAUACAGAUGGCCUAAAUCAAAAUGGAGGUGCUUAAUGGUCAGAUGGGAUGAGGAUAUGGAGACUAAUCAUCAGGAUCGAGUAUCUCCAUGGGAGAUCGAUCCUUCGGCUUCUCUCCCUCCAUUGAGCAUGCAGUGUUCCCCAAGGCUGAAGAAACUGCGGACAGGUCUGCAGGCUGCAUCAUCCAGUCACCUCAUCACUGGAGGCACUGGGUUUAUGGACUUGGAGGAGUCUGUAAGAUCGCCCAAGGUCUUGCAAGGUCAAGAAAAUACAGGUUUUAUGUCCCUAUAUUUUGGACGUGACACAGUAACUAAGCAGCCAGGUUUUGAGAUCAGUUCUCCCAAUCAUCCGAAUCUUGCAUCGGCCGGAGCAAGAAAGAUGACUGCUGCUGAGCUUAUGAGGGUUCACCCUCCUACUUAUGCAGGCUUUGUGGAACCUAAUAAUAGGUUUCCGAGGGUCUUGCAAGGUCAAGAAAUAUGUCCACUAAGGUCCCUGACAGGGAAGGUUGAUAUGAAUCUCGGUGCUUGGGGUAAUAAACCAAGUAGUGCAAGUUGCACAACUUUCAACCUGCAUCAAGCUACCAGACCAAAAUUUGAUUCUUUAGGAUCAGAAGUCCUUCAAACUGCAUAUUUUCCUUAUGGUGAUAUUCACAAAGCUGGUCAUGGUAGCAGCAUGUUGUGCUCUAAACCGUCGAGUUUCCAAAGAGAUAUUGCGCCGUUUAACACUCCUCUGACUCAGGCAGGGAUAAUUAGAAAUGAAAUUGGAAGGUCUGGCCCUUCAAUCAUGCAUGAGCAGAAGCUGCCGGAGAAUGUUUCCGCGGUUUCUUCUUUAGGGGGAAACAGCAUGAGGAUGCCAGUUCCGGAUGAAGAGAAUCUCAAGGGGAAGAUAAAUGGAUGUAAACUAUUUGGAGUUGCCUUGUCUGGAGAAACUACCACCCAAAAUGCUAAAAGGAGCUGCACAAAGGUUCACAAGCAAGGCAGCUUAGUUGGAAGAGCAAUCGAUCUCUCAAGAUUGAGCAGCUACACUGAUCUCUUCACUGAACUUGAGAGACUCUUUGGCAUGGAAGGCCUACUAAGAGAUCCUGAUAAGGGAUGGAGGAUCCUGUACACCGACAACGAAAACGACAUCAUGGUUGUCGGGGAUGACCCGUGGCAUGAGUUCUGCAAUGUGGUAUCAAAGAUUCAUAUAUAUACGCAAGAGGAAGUGGAGAAGAUGACAAUUGGGAUUAUCAGUGAUGAUACACAGAGCUGUUUGGAACAGGCACCAGUCAAUAUGGAGGCUUCUAAGUCUUCCUCGGUGGGUCAGCCAGAUUCUUCCCCAACAGUAGUUAGAGUCUAGUGUCGGGUUGCCUUUUUGUGUUUGCCCUCUUCUUUUCCUUUAUUUGCAAUAUAAUUGAAUGCAAUUUUCAUCUGUUGAUGCAAAGAUUGAUUACUACAAGAUGCGUUAGAGAACUGAAUUAUGUAAUAAGGCCGUUAUUUACCGCUGAGGCGUUAACUAAGCUUGACAUACUGUGGAAUAAUAA